GAGAGAGAGGUGCACGCAGUGAUACAGAGACACGGAGAGGGAUGCACUGGCGGGAAGUCCGGGGUUUCCACUUUUCUCUUUCCCGUCUCUCUCGCGCGUUUUGGGAUGAAAACAUUGAAAUAGAGACAUACAAAAACAUUCCGACUUUACCACGAACGCACGUCCAGGGAGUUCACUUUUGGAGACUUUUGGGAUAGUCUGCACGUACCGCGUUUUUCCAAACAAAUACGAAUUUGACCCAACUUAUAAAAUCUCCUCCUCCGGUUUUUUUUGUGCGCAAUGGCAGGCUGUUUGUGUCGUGUGUCCGCUCGUGUCCACGUGGAGGGGGUCGGGAUGGCUGAACACUAAUUAAAUACCAACCCGCGUGUCUUCCGAGAGGAGAUCUCACAUGAAACCUCCUUACAUCCUCACUUUGGGGAUGUGUUCAGCAGUCUGCGCACUCGUGUCUGACUCAACGAUGGGCUCCACUGGGAAAUACUUAGUGUUCUUGUCCUUGCUUGGAAGCGUCGUGUCGGAUCCGGGAUCCACGAACCGAGUGGUUCUGUUGGACACAACGACAGUGCUUGGAGAGCUGGACUGGAAGACCUAUCCUGUCAAUGGGUGGGAUGCUAUCACUGAGAUGGAUGAGCAGAACAGACCUAUUCACACCUUCCAGGUUUGCCACGUAAUGGAGCCAAACCAGAACAACUGGCUGCGGUCCGGAUGGAUCCAACGGCAGGCUGCACAGAGGGUGUAUGUGGAGCUGCGUUUCACACUGAGAGACUGCAACUCCAUUCCUUGGGUGUCUGGUACCUGUAAGGAAACCUUCAACCUUUUCUACCUGCAGACAGAAGAACCGCUGUCUGCGGGGACGCGGUUCAGACCCGCCGACUAUGCCAAGGUCGGUUUACCAGAGCCGCAUCAUAAAAGGCUCUCUGUUGUGCUUCCGGGUAUGACGUACAUUGUGUUUGUCGUUGGCUCCAAGGUGGACACCAUAGCGGCGGAUGAGAGCUUUACACAGACAGAUCUGGGAGAUCGGGUUCUUCGCCUGAAUACCGAGGUCAGGGAGGUUGGACCGGUGACACGGAGGGGCUUCUACUUGGCCUUCCAGGAUGUCGGCGCUUGUAUUGCCCUUGUGUCCGUCAAGGUGUUCUACAAACGCUGCCCGUCGGCGUCAAGGAACCUCGCGGUAUUCCCAGACACGGUGCCACACAUGGACUCGUCCUCUCUGGUGGAAGUAAGGGGCGCGUGUGUGGAGAAUGCAGAAGAAAGGGACACGCCCAAGUUGUACUGUGGGGCGGACGGAGACUGGCUGGUACCCCUGGGCCGCUGUGUCUGCAGUAUUGGCCACGCGGAGAUGGAUGGCGACUGUCGGGCUUGUAAGCCUGGCUCCUUCAAAGCAUAUUCCGGGAACACUGAAUGCUCCAAGUGUCCUCCACAUAGCUCCAGCCAUGACCAGGCCGCCACCAUCUGUCACUGCGACAAAGGCUUCUACAGAGCAAUCAAAGACUCCUCCACCGUGGCCUGCACAAGGCCUCCGUCGGCUCCCCGGAACCUGAUCUCAUUGAUCAAUGACACGGCUCUCUUCUUGCAGUGGAUGCCUCCCAUGGACACGGGGGGCAGGGAGGACGUCACUUACAACGUCCUCUGCCAGCGCUGUGACGGAAGAGACGGUGACAGCGGCGUGACGCAGUGUGAGCCAUGUGAGCCGGACCUGCGCUUCGUCCCCCGCCCGCUUAGCCUGACCGCUACCUCUGUGGCGAUACUAGAUUUUGCCACGCACGUUAACUACACCUUUCAUGUGGAGGCGGCAAACGGCGUCUCCGGGCUGGGGGGGUCUCCACGCUCGCUGGCAAACGUCACCGUCAAUACCAACCAAGCCGGUCCUGCUCUGGUGGGUGUAGUCAGGAAAGACUGGGCUUCCCAAAACAGCAUUGCCCUCUCCUGGUCAGAGGUGGAAAAGCUGCCCUCAGAAAUAGUGGACUAUGAAGUUAAAUACUUUGAGAAGGAGCAAGAGCAGCUGAGCUACUCAUCAACACGGACCAAAAACCCCAGCGUGGUCGUGACGGGUCUCAGACCCUCGACUGUCUACGUCUUCCACGUCCGUGUUCGCACUGCUGCUGGCUACACGGCGUACAGCCCCAACUAUGAGUUUGCCACAGCGGCUGAGGAUCCAGAUAUUUCUGAUCAAGGUCAAGUUCUGGUGGUGGUCACGGCGUCUGUAGGAGGUUUCUCCCUGCUGGUCAUCCUGACCCUCUUCCUCCUUAUCACUGGACGGUGUCAGGGCUACAUUAAAGCCAGGAUGAAGUCAGAGGAGAAGAGGAGGACUCGCUUCCGUGCUGGACAUGUCCCGUUCUCUGGGAUAAAGACCUAUGUGGAUCCAGAUACGUAUGAAGAUCCAACUCAGGCUGUUGAGGAAUUUGCCAAAGAGAUAGACCCCUCAUACAUAUGCAUUGAGAGGGUGAUUGGUGCAGGUGAAUUUGGAGAAGUCUGUAGUGGUCGGUUGCACAUACCUGGAAGGAUGGACAUCGCCGUGGCAAUAAAGACACUUAAAGGUGGCUAUAUGGAACAACAGAGGCGAGACUUUUUACGCGAGGCUUCUAUAAUGGGACAGUUUGACAAUCCCAACAUCAUCAGGCUGGAGGGAGUGGUCACGAGGAGCAGACCAGUGAUGAUAGUCGUUGAGUACAUGGAAAACGGAGCGCUCGAUUCUUUCCUCCGGGCACGUGAUGGACAGUUUACAGUGCUGCAGCUGGUUGGCAUGAUGCGUGGCAUCGCAGUGGGAAUGACCUAUCUCUCAGAGAUGGGCUACAUUCACAGAGACCUAGCUGCUCGCAACAUCCUGGUGGACGAGAACUUGGUGUGUAAGGUGUCUGAUUUUGGCAUGUCCAGAGUCCUGGAAGAUGACACCGAAGCAGCCUACACCGCUGCGGGAGGAAAGAUACCAAUACGCUGGACGGCACCGGAGGCGAUUGCGUAUGGAAAAUUUUCCUCAGUCAGUGACGUAUGGAGCUACGGCAUUGUCAUGUGGGAAGUGAUGUCAUAUGGUGAGAGGCCCUACUGGGAGAUGUCCAAUCAAGAUGUAAUUUUAUCAAUUGACGAAGGCUACCGUCUACCAGCACCAAUGGGUUGCCCUGUGACACUGCACCAGCUGAUGUUGCACUGCUGGCAGAAGGAGUCCAACCAGCGGCCACGCUUCAACAACGUGCUCUCGUUCCUGGACAAACUCAUAAUCAAUCCCAGUAGUCUGCUACCUCUGGUGAAUGAUCUACAGAGUUACCCUGAAUCCCCAGAAGACAUGCCGGACUACCCCCUUUUUAUCUCUAUCGGUGACUGGCUCGACUCCAUCAAAAUGAGCCAGUAUAAGAACAACUUCCUAGCAGCAGGAUACACGACCCUGGAUUCCAUUUCUACAAUGAGUUUGGAUGACAUCAGGCGUAUCGGGAUCUGUUUGAUUGGCCACCAGAGGAGAAUAAUAAGCAGCAUACAGUCACUCCGCCUGCAGCUCCACCACAUCCAACAGAGUGGCUUUCAAGUAUGAGACCAUCACACAAAGACAGAAUGUGUUUUCACACUGAGCCACAGACUUCCUUGGCAUCGUCAUAUAAUUAAUUGGACUUGGUGUAGCAGGUACCCAAUGCUGCUCAUGUGAAAGAGGGCCGCUGCCUGACACACACUCUUCAUCUUGUGGAUCCUCAUCACUACAGCCUCCACAACAACCAACCUCUGUCAGUGUUGGCCAAAUGCCGUCUCUUUAUUAGCUCAGCAACUGCUAGCAUUCACUUGAAUUUUGGAACUUCUUUACUCUAGUGUCUACUCAAGUGUUCACCAAUACCUCUUCUCUUUCCAAGUGACAAUCCAAUGGUUUGUAUUGACUUUGAAUGGUCUCAAGUCAGUUACCUCAUGACCGCAGAGGAAGUGGAUAGAUCAGAGGCUAAAUGCUGAUGAAUGGCACAGUACACGAUUUUAAUAACAACCUUUCAAGUCGGUUAAUGAAACAAUUCACCAGGAAUAAAGAUUGAAAGAAUGGUAAAUACAAUCAUGUUUUUUGAACUGAAGACCGCUGAAUGUCAAAAGAUUUUAUAGAAAUAUAUGUUCGAUCCUCAUGAUAAUGCAGUAUGUGUUGUACAAAAUGUCUUGUGAAAAUUGUAUGUUUUAUUCAGUAAGUUUGUUCCUUAAUAAAC